AUGGACCCGGACUGCGCCAUCUGCCAUGCUCCGGCCUCCAUGGCCUGCGAGUGCGAAGCGAAAGGUCUGGAACUUGCCGUCAAACAGGCCGAGAUGCGUAUGAUGAACUCUAUAUACAAUGAUAUCCGAUCAUGGGUACGAGCGCACGCGCAAGACUACAUCCUCGAGUACUUCCGGCUCCUCACAGACCGACGCAAAGAGGCCCACACCCAGCACCUGGAACGUAUCACCGCCCACGCUUACCACUAUUACCACGCGCCGCCGCAUCCUACUGAGCUUGCAAAUGCCCAGACACAGCUGAAGCGUGGCAUUGAUGAAGACUGGCGAGCAUCGGUACAACGCUAUCCAGAGGUCCUCGAGUACUUCUACAGUCUGGUCGAACUGACCCUGCCCGACGACAACGAGCAAUCCGUCAAGGACCCUCCCCUCAGCGCGCUCAACGGACCUCGCAAACCCCCUGCUCGUCGUGUCGGAGCUCCGACCACAGUAGCCAGCGGGCCGAGCAUGGGUGCCCUCGACAGAGACUUAUCGAUGCCCCCCCGAAGAGGAACAACCCCCACACUUGAGCCUCAGCGUGAAAGGAGGACACCAGCACCACGCGAGAGGAGGCAAUCUUAUCGUGGACCGCCCCCUGGGCCACCAGGGCCGCCGCCGCCUGGGUACUAUCCCCCCAUCUAUGGGCCUCACUAA